AUGGCUUCCAACGAUUCCAACAAGAAUGUUCCCCCAUCUGGUUCUUCAGAGAAAUCUACAAAACCUGAAGCAUCUUCUGCAGCAUCAGAGUCAGGGCAAGGAAGAGCUUCUGCUACACCUGGAGCAGCUUUUGCUCCAAAUCCUUUUGAUUUCUCAGCAAUGUCUGGCCUGCUUAAUGACCCAAGCAUUAAGGAACUAGCGGACCAGAUAGCAAAAGAUCCUUCAUUUAAUCAGAUGGCAGAACAGCUGCAGAAAACAUUCCAAGGUGCAGCUGUUGAAGAGAGUGUGCCUCAGUUUGACACACAGCAAUAUUACUCUACCAUGCAGCAGGUUAUGCAGAACCCUCAGUUUAUGGCUAUGGCUGAACGCCUUGGAAGCGCGUUGAUGCAGGAUCCAUCAAUGUCACAUAUGCUUGAGCAUUUGACAAAUCCGGUGCAAAAAGAUCAAAUGGAGGAAAGAAUGGCACGCAUAAAGGAAGACCCUUCUUUGAAGCCCAUUUUGGAAGAGAUUGAGAGUGGCGGUCCGGCUGCCAUGAUGAGAUAUUGGAACGACAAAGAUGUUCUGAAGAAGUUGGGUGAAGCCAUGGGUGUAGCAGUUCCUCCAGAAGCAGCCACCUCAGCAGAAAACUCUGGCCUAGAGGAAGCCGAAGAAGCUGGAAAUGAUGACGAAUCUAUUGUUCAUCACUGUGCCAGUGUCGGGGAUGUUGAGGGUCUUAAAGCUGCGCUAGCCUCUGGCGCAGAGAAGGAUGAAGAAGAUUCUGAGGGAAGAACAGCUUUGCAUUUUGCCUGUGGAUAUGGAGAGGUCAAGUGUGCUCAAAUCCUUCUUGAAGCGGGAGCCCUGGUUGAUGCACUGGAUAAGAAUAAGAACACGGCUCUCCAUUAUGCAGCUGGGUAUGGGAGAAAAGAGUGUGUAGCCCUCCUACUCGAGAAUGGUGCUGCAGUAACUUUGCAGAACAUGGACGGGAAGACUCCCAUUGAUGUUGCAAAGCUUAACAACCAGCAGGAGGUUCUCAAGUUGCUCGAGAAGGAUGCCUUCCUGUGA